AUUUUGUUGAUAACAGAGCACGCUUCAGGAUUUCGCACCUUCGGCCUAAAGAGGAAUGAUCAGCAAGAUGUAGGAACAACUGAUUGUCUCUCUAACAAGUUUAGAGAAUUUGACUCUUUACAACUGGUAAAAUGCCCCUUAAAAAGAAACCUCUGGAAGAUGCCAGAAAAAGAUUGCAAGAAAAGCUGAACAAUGUUGAAGAACAGUCUGAGUAUAUCUGUCAGUUUAUCAGUGAUCUUGUUUGCAAGGCCUCAGAUCCAGCUAAAGAACUCCUUGAAGAGAAAGACCGCAAGAAGUUUUUUCAGAAGUAUUCAUCUGUGAGUCAGGAACUUGAGAAAUGUCUGGAUUGUUUGUUGUUAAUAAGUGAUUCAGUCACUGCUCUGGGAGAGGAAGACACUCUGGGUGCCAGUGAAGAUUACACUAGUUCUGCUUCUGAACCAAGUGACCAUGUUGAGCAGGGUGCUGUCUCAUCAAGGAACAGAGACUGCCUUGGGAAAGAUGUUAAGUUGACUAAUGAUAAACAAGUUGAAGAUAAAACUCACCCUUGUGAAAGGAAAGGAAGCAAUGGCAAAUCACAGAUGGUGUCAAAAUUUGAGCAUGAAUCUGGGAUUAACAGUCAAGGUGUAAGUAGUAAACACACAGAACCUGUCAAGACACAGUCUCCAUCUGUACCCCAGAGUGCUUCCACCACUUCGUCAACUGGUUAUGAAACACCACAAGCAUCUAUACUACAACAGACCACCCAACCCAAGGCAGUCCCUGAACCACGAAGAAGUGUACCUGUACAACAACAGGACACCAAGGAAUUCAUCUCUGACCAUCUCAACAAACAGUCACACAAGCUCUCCUCUGUUGACCAAGGUACAAGGAGAAAUGCUGAAGGUCUUGAUGUGAACUCAACAUCAAUCAAACCUGAACCUGGAAAACAAUUUGUUGAAAGAAAACAGGCUGGUAAUGUUUCGGUGUCUGGGGCAUCCAAGGAUAGCCAAAGGAGAGGCUCUAAUUCUUCAUCUGUAAGUUCCUUGUCUGAUAUCAUCCAAGAUAUCAGGAUUUCUCCACAUGAAGCUAAAUUAGCCACUGAGAAUGUACCCACUAAAGUUCAACUGCCACUGUAUCCUUUCAAGAAUGGCCAGAGACUAGAAGUUGUUGUCACUGAGGUAUUGAGUCCAUGGGAGUUUUGGGUUCAACCUGUUGGCACAGAGCUGGAUUUACUCAUGGAGGAAAUGUGCAUGCACUAUGCAAAAAUGGCAGCAGCCGGUUACAAAGGAGGACUUAUAACCGCGCCUGACGUCGGUGACUUCUGCUGUGCAAAGUUUACACAAGAUGACACGUGGUACAGAGUGUUAGUGACAGGUGUUAAACAAUCGGCCACAGGCGAGCAAAGGAAAGCGCAAGGCGAGCGUGAGUGGAGCGCGAGAACGAGUUACGUGCGAGGUGAGGGGUGCAACAAAGAUGAUGCGUCAUCUUGA